UUUCUUUUGGUUCAAUAACGGGGCACAAACGGGCCCACAUACUGGACUUAUUGAGCAAAGAGUGUCUAAUCUACGCAAAAAAGUGUCAGCAGAUAAACGCAAAUUCAACAGGAAUAAAGCCUAUGAUGAUUUCGACUUUGCUUCACAAGAAGUGUUGGAAAUUGUGCAGCUAUGCGCGGCUACAGAUUCAAAACCCGAGAACUACCGCAUUAUUGCCAAUUAUUUGAAAGAUACUCACCAGUUACAUAUGCAUAUGCUCCAAGUAAAUUCAUCCGUUACUCAGAUAAUUAAACAAUUUCCUCACAUGACAGCGUAUAAUGGACUUAUGAUUCAACAAUCGUUCGUCCGCAUGACUAGUUUGGAACAGCGAGUGGAUAUGGCGAAUAUUUUACUGAAGUGCAUUCUUUUGAACCGACAUGUCUUGAACGACAUAGAAGAUGAAUACAUUCAAGGCGCUCUUGUAGUAUUCCGUGAGCUUAUGGUUAGAGGCUGCAAAAGACUAAAGGAGGACGAUUCGAUGAGUGUGGAGGAAAUACAAGCAGCACCGUUAAUUCGUUGGGUUGAGGUAGUCAUAUGCUUCGCAAUGAAUUUGAAGGAUUUUCUGGACAUAAAAGUGUACUCGUUGAAAAGUCAUAGCUCCCGGAACUCGGUCAAUAAUCUGUUGAAUGUUUUUGAUAAAGUUGACAAUGCUGAACGUCGAUCGUUGAUAUCAAAUGGUGAUACAUCAAUUUAG